CAGACCUUGACCUCUGACCCGCUACGGCUCAGCCGCCGGCGUGACGCUUUGGGUCCUUUAACGUGUUUAGGCGACUUUCCCGCGCCUGAGCCCUCUGCUCUGGUCCGCUUAACGGGUCAAGGAAUGGGGUCAUUUUGGCGGGGUGAAGGGUUCCUCCCGGAAAGGGGAAUGGUGCCUGUUGUCCCGGGUCCCGCACCUCUCCCAGAUUCCCACACGUACACUGCUCAGCAAGUGGGUGGCCCCGGCGCUGCCUGAUCCGUUACCGGACCGGUAGAGGGAAGGGGUCCUGAUUGUACCUGCGUCGCGGAACAGGACCGGCAGUCACGUGACUGGCAGCGGCCGGCGCCUCGGAGCGGGGAGGAGGCUGCAGGGGGAGGGGAAGCCCGGACUCCCCUUGGCCAGGCCGGCCGGCCCCGCCGCCAUGGGCAUUAAAUUUUUAGAAGUUAUUAAGCCUUUCUGUGCAGUUUUACCUGAAAUCCAGAAGCCUGAAAGAAAGAUCCAGUUCAGAGAGAAAGUACUAUGGACAGCUAUCACACUAUUCAUUUUCUUAGUGUGCUGUCAGAUCCCUUUGUUCGGAAUCAUGUCAUCAGACUCUGCAGAUCCUUUCUAUUGGAUGAGAGUCAUUCUUGCAUCAAACAGAGGGACUUUGAUGGAGUUGGGUAUCUCGCCCAUUGUGACAUCUGGUUUGAUCAUGCAGCUGUUAGCUGGUGCCAAGAUCAUUGAAGUUGGUGAUACACCAAAAGACAGAGCUCUUUUCAAUGGAGCCCAGAAAUUGUUCGGGAUGAUUAUAACCAUUGGGCAGGCCAUUGUGUACGUCAUGACUGGGAUGUAUGGAGAUCCUGCUGAAAUGGGUGCUGGAAUUUGUCUCCUUAUCAUAAUUCAGUUGUUUGUUGCUGGUUUGAUUGUGCUGCUGUUAGAUGAGCUGCUGCAGAAGGGUUACGGCUUGGGGUCUGGUAUUUCCCUCUUUAUUGCUACCAACAUCUGUGAAACCAUUGUCUGGAAGGCCUUUAGUCCCACUACCAUUAACACUGGCAGAGGAACGGAGUUUGAGGGUGCGGUGAUUGCAUUAUUCCAUCUUCUGGCUACACGAACUGACAAAGUCCGUGCUUUGCGGGAGGCUUUCUACCGACAGAACUUGCCCAAUCUCAUGAAUCUGAUUGCUACAGUAUUUGUGUUUGCUGUGGUCAUAUAUUUUCAGGGAUUUCGUGUUGAUUUACCUAUCAAGUCUGCUCGAUACCGUGGACAGUACAGUAGUUAUCCCAUCAAGCUCUUCUAUACCUCCAACAUUCCCAUCAUUCUUCAGUCUGCCUUAGUUUCAAACCUCUAUGUCAUUUCCCAGAUGUUGUCUGUUCGAUUUAGUGGCAACUUCUUAGUAAACUUACUAGGACAGUGGGCAGAUGUCAGUGGUGGUGGCCCUGCUCGGUCUUACCCAGUUGGUGGUCUCUGCUAUUACCUAUCUCCCCCAGAAUCCAUGGGUGCUAUAUUUGAGGAUCCUGUCCACGUAAUUGUUUACAUCAUUUUUAUGUUGGGAUCCUGUGCGUUCUUCUCCAAGACAUGGAUUGAGGUGUCUGGUUCAUCAGCAAAAGAUGUUGCUAAGCAACUGAAAGAACAGCAAAUGGUGAUGAGAGGCCACAGGGAUACAUCGAUGGUUCAUGAGCUUAAUAGGUACAUCCCUACAGCAGCUGCAUUUGGUGGCUUGUGCAUUGGUGCCCUCUCAGUAUUAGCAGACUUUCUUGGAGCCAUUGGAUCAGGCACUGGCAUCCUGCUUGCAGUCACUAUUAUUUAUCAGUAUUUUGAAAUAUUUGUAAAAGAACAGGCUGAAGUUGGAGGAGUGGGUGCUUUAUUUUUCUAAAUGUCCAAAUAUUUCAUGAUUUGCUUGAAAGGGAAAGUAUCUUGACAACAUGCCUCAGUCAGUCCAAUAAUGCUGUCUUCUUUUUCUUUGUUUUCAAGUGCCAAGUCCCAUUAUCAUAAUGGGCAUUGAGCAAUGCCUGUGUGCAGCAUCGGUACCAGCUGCCUUAAGAAUAAAGUUUACAUUAUCUUGUUUAAGUAGAUCUAGUGUUGCCUGUAAUGCUGGAAAUCAAUGCAUCUACUUUGCUGUUCAGACACUACAGUGAGAUGGUAAAAUGUAAGAGUUUAUUAGUAAACAUUUUGCACACAGCGUUAAGAUCUUAAAUUGAUUUUCCCAUUUUUAGUCAGAAAAAAAUACCAGUGUGCAGAUUGCCACAUGCCAAUAUUCUUGAGCUUAUUAAAUAAGUUCUUGACCGAAUUUGUAUGUAAUCUAUAUUUUGCAUAAAUUACUUUUUAUACUUUUUUAACGUGCAUUUCCCCAUCAUUGUGCUUCAGCAUUACCUAUUCAUUUGUGUUGUCUCCACUUGGGCAUCCAACUCCUAGCCCUGAGGGUGGACAAACGUUUUACCUGAGAUUGCUACUCAUCUCACCUGUGAAUUGGUUCUGCUGUAUGUGCAAGGCCCAGAGAGCACUUCCAUUCUCAGCCCUGGGCUUCCCGCAUGUAGGUGCAGUCAUGCCACCACGUUGGCCUAUACCUUUUGUGUUUAACAAGUACUUGUGAAAACUGUGCCACUGAAACUUCAUGUCCACUUUGCUUUUGUGAUUCUGAAGGACAGAAGCCUGCUUCCUAAAGCAGUGUUCGGAAUUGGGAGAUGGGGGAAAUGAGCAAUUCCUGUUGAAAAAUUAUUUAUGUUGUCGUAGUUUACAACGGCAAUGUAACAAGUAUAAACAUUAGACAAUAAACUUAUUUAAUUAAAUUCUGUUCUUGUCUUA